AUGAAUCAAUUAGUUGAACAAAGCCUAUCAAAUUUAGUUCAAGAAUUAACUAUAUCUGGUUCAAGAACAUUAAAUGAAGAGAAAAUAAAACAACUUAAACAGAUUUGCAAGCAAACUGAUGUUAAUGUUGAAUAUUGUUAUCGUUUAUUAAUUGCACAACUUAAUAAAAAUCACUCGGAAAUUCGUUAUUCAACAUUUCAAAUAAUUGAUCAACUGUUUAAUCGUUCUCAUCAUUUUCGAACACUUUUACUGGAUGAUUUUAAUUAUCUGAUUGAUAAAUGUCUUGGAUUAAAUGUUGAUAAUCAAUUGCCACCACCAAAUCAAACUGCAAGAUUAUUACGACAAUUUACAGCAACAUCAAUUAAAAAAUGGCAUGAAAAAUUUGGUACAGCUUAUAAAUUACUUGAUAUUGGUUUUAAUUAUUUAAAAAAUUGUAAAUUAAUGAAUUUUGAUAACAUGGAAGAACCAAUUGGUAUUACUGCUGAAUUAGAACGUGAACGAAAUCAAGCAAAUCAAAUUCGUUUAACACAAAAACUUCAAACUGCUUCUCGAGAAUUAAAUGAAACAUCCAGUGAAAUUUAUUCUUGUAUUAAACAAGCAGAAAAUUGUCUUAAUUUACUUGUAUCUAAUAAAACUGAAUCAUCGUCUGCAAUAACAACUACUGAAUCAGAUGAAGAAAUUGUUGAUGACGACGACGACGAUGAUGAUGAUGAAGAUGAUGACGAUGAUUUUAUCGAUGUUCCAAUUGAACCAGUAAAAAUUAAAAAUGAUGAAGAACUUCUUCAAGUACUUGGUUUAGGAACAGCGGGAAAAUUAAAUAUAACAAUUGAUUUAAAUGAAAGACCCAAAUCAUCUUUAUUUAAUAUAGAAAUGACUGAUGAUAAUCGUGCAUUAAUUGAAAAUCUUCAUGAUCUAUAUCGACAAUUAGAUGAUGUUUAUUUAAAUAAAAUUCAAAGUUGGAUGAAUAUAUUUAUUCAAGUUCAACAAAAUUCUAAUGAACAACAAACAUCAACAGUUAUUAAACGAGCAAUUGAUUUAAAAAAUUCAAUUCAAUCUUGUUUAAAAAUGAUUGAAAAUUAUCGUUUAGCACCGAAAAGAACUGUUGUAACACAAAAACCAGGGAAAAUAUCUCAAGUGAAAACUGUAACGCAAAGUCCACCGCAAGAAGAAACAACAUUACCAACAUUAACUGAUAAUGAAAUACAAUAUUUCUUUCAUGAUGAUACACAAGUUCUAAAACGUACGUUUAAACAAAAUGAUAUUGAAAAUCCUUUUGUACGUCCGACAGAAAGUAACGAGAUGCCUGAAAGUUUACAGUAUUCAUUGUUAAUGCAUAAACGUACAUAUGUCAGCGAAUUACCCGCUAUAAAAUGGAAAUGUCGAGCACCUUUAGAUAAUAAUAAAUUAUGUGAACGUAUGGACCGAUAUAAAUGUCCAUUUCAUGGACGAAUUAUUGCGCGUGAUGAACAAGGUCAAGCAGCUGAUGAAAAAAUUCGAAAACAUGAAGAAGAACAGCAACUUGCAAGAAAACGUUCUCGCCCUGAAUGGCAAGAUCCUGAAAUGUUAGAAGAUAUUCGUUUAGCAACAGGUGUUGAUUUACGUAUGAGUGAGGCAAAUAAAAGGAAGAAGAAGAAAAAGAAAAUAGAAUCUGGUUUAACUGAACUUGGUAUCGAGGAAAACACCGUGCGAAAACGAUUAGAAAAAAAAUUAUUAAAUCGAGCAUCAGUGAAACGUAUUGGUGCAGCAUUAGAAGCUGAUGAACGACGUCGUAAUGAAGAAAAAUUUCAUCAUCAAUUUAAUUAUUCUUUAAAUAACUAA